AUGGAUCUGAGGCAGGCCAGGUCAAGUAAACUUGCACCCACCACAACUGGCAAUAUGAAGUUGAACAUCAGCUACCCUGCCAAUGGCAGCCAGAAGCUCAUCGAUAUUGAGGAUGAGCGCAAGCUCCGUGUCUUCAUGGAGAAGCGCAUGGGCGCUGAGGUUCCUGGUGACUCCAUCGGCGAUGAGUUCAAGGGGUACAUCUUCCGCAUCACUGGUGGAAACGACAAGCAGGGUUUCCCCAUGAAGCAGGGUGUCAUGCACCCUACCCGUGUCCGCCUCCUCCUCUCCGAGGGCCACUCUUGCUACCGACCCCGACGCACCGGUGAGCGCAAGCGAAAGUCUGUCCGUGGCUGCAUCGUCGGCAUGGAUCUCUCUGUCCUCGCCCUCAGCAUUGUCAAGCAGGGUGAUGCUGACAUCCCCGGCCUCACCGACGUCGUCCACCCUAAGCGCCUCGGUCCCAAGCGCGCCACCAAGAUCCGCAAGUUCUUCGGCCUCACCAAGGAUGACGAUGUCCGCAAGUACGUUAUCCGACGAGAGGUUCAGCCCAAGGGUGAGGGCAAGUCUCCUUACACCAAGGCUCCCCGCAUCCAGAGACUCGUCACCCCUCAACGUCUCCAGCACAAGCGUCACCGCGCUGCCCUCAAGCGCCGCCAGGCCGAGAAGGUCAAGGACGAGGCCAACGAGUACGCCCAGAUCCUUGCCAAGCGUGUUGCUGAGGCUAAGGCCAACAAGGCCGAUGCCCGUAAGCGACGAGCAAGCUCUAUGCGCAAGUAG